CACAUUCCUUUCUCACAACUAUUUCGAAAACAAAAACCCAAACAUGCUUACACUCUCUCUCCACAACCACCAAAACCCUUUCUUCCUCUCUCCUUCCUUAGCUUACACUCUCUGCACCCUCAUUCUCACCCUACUCGCCGCCACCCUUAUCAUCAUCAUCAUCCGAUUCCGCCACAACGCUCCUUCCAUCCCUCUUCUCGUCGUCGCCGAUUAUGACUACACCGACACCGAUGACAACGACGACGACGGAAUCUCCUCCGAGUUUGAAGACGACGAUGAGGAGCAGGAAGAAGAACAAGAAGAGGAAGAAAACAAAAAGGGUGAGUAUUUCAGAGUGAGAGGCUCUGAAAACGACGGUGGCGGGUUACUACGACGUCGUAGCAUUGGUGAUUUCUUAUCGCUUUCGGAAAUCGCCAACAACAAAAGCGUGGUUAAGUUGUGGGACACGAUAGGGUUUGGGCUAGGCUUUGGCUUUGACCAUUCCUCCGACGGAAGCAUCGUCUCGGUUUACGACGGGGACUAUGGACUCCGCCAUGAUCCAGCGGUGGUGGUGUCCACCGGAGAAAGCGCGUCCGGGAAUUUGGCAGUAAAUGUUUGGGACUCGCGGCUCCGGCGGCGGAUACCGGCGGUGAUGGCGGAGUGGGGCCCAAGCCUUGGAAAGACCAUUGGAGUAGAAUCCGACGGGGUGCAUAAGGUUUACGUCAAAGAUGACGGCCGUUACGGAUUUACGGUUGGUGACAUGAGAAAUGCCAGGUCGCCGUUACUACAAAAUGUAACGGAAUCACACCUCGAUUUAUGGUGGCCUAAUUCCUUUCUUAUGAAAAUUUAAAUACCCAAAAGUAUGAAUGUAUAAUUAUACUUUGCUUGUACAGCAUUUUUUUAUGUAUAUAAGUGGCAAUAAAAUUUAUAUAUA